AUGCACCAGGUGCCCUACGGACGCAGCGGCACCUCAAGCAAAGGCCGUGACGAUAGGAUCCUCUGGGAGCAGCAGCAGCCUAGAUCCCGCGGUCGUGCCCGUGCUCGCGUACGUGCUCGUGCCCGCGCUCGCGCUCGCGCCCGCGCCCGCGCCCGUGCCCGCGUUCGCGUACGCGCGCGCGCCCGAACACGCCGAUUGUCGGCGACGACGACGACGACGACGACGAGGACGACGAGUGGGACCGUCGAUCGGACGGCGACGACGACGACGACGACGACGACGACGACAACGACGACGCGGCAGCGAUUACGGCGGCACGACGCCGGGCCCGACGUGAACAACCGCGCGUCCUCGCUGCACUGUCUGGGCCCGGUGCGCACCGUCCACGGCGGUACUUCGCUGCCGUCCAAUUUGCUGCUCAUAGGACUGGCGCUUUGUUGCCUGGCCCUGCCGGCGGUACAGCCGCGUCUCAGCGGCCAUCAUCAGACGUGUCCCGGUUGCCCGCAUCAGCAGCCGCAGCAGCAACAGCAUCACCAUCAUCAUCACGUGCAUCACGACGGCCCGGCGAGGGGCGGCAUGUUCAAGGACACUGCCGCGCUUACCCCGGACGAUCUUAGGCUGGAGGCGAUUAAACAUCAGAUUCUGCAGAAACUCGGCUUGAGAGCUCGCCCGGACGUUAACAGGACGUUGGCCACCGUGCCCCGGCACUUGGCCCUGGAGACCCUUUACCGGGCGGAGGCGCAAACGCCGCCGCGCUUCUCCGACCGGUCGAGGGUCAACUACGAGAGUGAAUAUUCGGGCGAGUUUUUCUAUGGCGACGAGUACUCGUAUAGGAAUCUCGAUCAGGAGACCACCACCACCGAGGGUAACGCAAGGACCACCGCCAAAUCCUAUCAGGGCUACGACGUUCAAGAGGAGCUAGACGACUUCUACGCGAGAACUUCGGAGAUCAUCACUUUCGCCGAACCCGGGCACACGUUGAACGGCCAGCCACUGUUAGAAUUCCCGAUGUCGAGCGGCGACCCGGCAUUGGAACCUCUGAGAAUCAAAAGAGCCACCCUGUGGGCGAGAGUCGAGCUCAAGCAUGCCCAUCACUAUCAGCAUCAUCGUCACAGUCAGUUAAACCAAAGAAAUAUCACUCUCUGGGUAUUCAGAGUGCACUGCGGUAAUACGACGCAUCUCCGAGGCAAGGAACUCGGGCAACACCUAGAGAUGGUGACAUCUCUUGUGGUAACCGUCGGCCAGCUUGGCUGGCAAAAAUUCGACGUGACUAAGGUCGUCAACGGAUGGUACACGAACUCCUCGAGAGAUAAACUGACGUUGCUCGUCGACUGUAGCGGGUGCGGCUCGCACGUCCACGUAUCGACCUUCGAUGGACACUCGCCGCACGUAAUCGAGUCGUCCCUAAAUCCGAAAGGCGAUCACGAUCCGGACAGGCCAUUUCUAGUCGUGCGUACAGAUCCAGCGGCCGUGAAGCGCGUAAGGAGACGGGCGAUAGAGUGCAGCGGCGCGAUAAAGGGUCAGUGCUGCAAGCAGAGGUUCUACGUCAGCUUCUCUCAGCUUGGGUGGGACGAUUGGAUUAUCGCUCCUCAGGGAUACUACGCCAAUUACUGCAGAGGAGACUGCGCGGCUGGUCAUAGGACGCCGGACACGUUUCUCAAUUAUUACACCCACGUGAUAGAGGAAUACCGGAAGAUGGACCGGCUGGCCGGCAUGCAACCGUGCUGCGCGCCCCUCAAAUUCUCGCCCAUGUCGCUCAUCUACUACGGCCCGGACUCGAACAUUAUCAAGAGAGACUUGCCGAAGAUGGUGGUGGACGAGUGCGGUUGCCCUUAAAAAUGCGACAGGGAGACGAAAAAGGAGCACGCUCGAAAAGAAUCGUCGUGCUCUGCCUUGUAAAAAAAAAAAAGAAGACAAAAAGAAAUUAAUUGCGGAAUCGUAACCGCGAGCUCGGGGACUCUCGGUCCGACAAAUCGGUCCAGAAACCGUCCGAAUCCCGCGAGAUUUGUCUCGCGCUAGAAAACGGGAGAGCCGGUGAACGCGAACGGCCGCACGAG